CAUUUACCGCUGAUAUUCUGCAUUCUGCUGAGGUUUUGCCGAAAAUUGAUACAUUGGUCGCUUAGUUCAGCAUUUCAGGAAUGCAACCAACAUCAAUCAUGGCAGACUAUGGAGAUAGGAAGAUCAAAGAUGCACAGAUGAGAGCAAGUAUUAAUCAGAAACUGGUAGAGACAGGAGAGAAGGAGAGACUGAAGGAGCUCCUGAGGAAUAAGCUGAUAGAGUCUGGCUGGAGGGAUGAACUAAAAGCUCACUGCAAAGAGGUUGUGAGGAGAAAAGGACUUGAGCAUGUGACUGUAGAUGAUUUAGUAGCUGAAAUAACACCCAAAGGAAGAGAACUUGUACCCGAUGAGGUGAAGCGAGAGUUGCUUCAUCGGAUUCGAGCCUUUCUGGCCCAGCAAUCAAACAUCUGAUACUUCUGUGAGCGAGGUCUGUGAUGCGUGUCUAGCAAAUCUAUUGAUUUUUAUGCCAAAGACUGAAUUGAUCAUCACAAGUUAUAUUUCUGGCAACUCUCCUGAUAAGUGUGUCAAAGACUGCAUCAUCAUGUGAUGUGUGUCCAAUUCCACCUUGAUUUCUCAUCAGUGAAUUCUCAAGUUAUCACCUCUACUAGAAUGUGUAGGGCGCAUCUAAGUACAUUUUUUGUCCAUCAAAGGGUAAAUCAUUAUACUGUCAGCUCUACUUAUUCAAAGUUGUUUCAGUUGAAUAAUUUACUUUCAAACAGUACAUUUAAAGUCAAUUUUUCCUAAUAGUUGUUUUUCCAUUUCAAACCUUUUAUUAGUUGAGUUUCAUCAAGUAUGUGUAUUUCUGUUCGAACUGACUAGAGCAAAAUUCACAGAAAAAUGAAAAAGGUAAACAGUAGAUGAAUUGCCCUUUGUUUGAAUGAUUCUGACACAUUUCUAAUCAGAUUGCUUGUGCUCUAGUUUCUAAACCUGAAUAUCGCUGACUGAUGUAUCAUUCAAAGAAGUCUAGUCUUUUGCAGUUCUAAGUAUUUUUUAAAGGAAUUCCCGAAAACUUUCAUCCAUU